GUCGAUUGCCAAUUUUUGUGAUUGUGGGAGGUAUAGCACCAAUAUAUUGACGGUUUGACAAAGCAGAAUUUCAAUCAAUAUUGAACAUGUGCAGGCCUCUUUAUUUGUUGUAAUGUUGGCGGCUGUUCUGUUUGACGUAUACAAAUAAAUACUGUGGCUGUCACACUAGAGUCGUGUCAAUUAUGAGGAGAGAACUGUGGUUAACGGGCAGAGGUUGCUGAAAUAUGGAUUUACGAAAGUGGGCUAUAUUUAGCCUACUUGAGCCACGUUUUGUUUCAAAAAUCAAGAUUGCCUGUGUUUUUGGGAACAGUGGAAAUGAAGCUCUAAUAGUUACAGAAGAUGACAAUGUUUAUGCACUGGGCUCCAAUUCUGCAGGAUGCUUGGGACUAGAAUGUCAUGAUAGCACACUUUUUCCAAAAAAAGUAAAGGCACUUUGUCAUAAGCGUGUGGAAGGAUUUGCAUAUGGGAGUGGCCCCCAUGUUUUAGCAUAUACUGCAGAUGGAUUGGUUUUCUCUUGGGGUCACAAUGGAUAUUGUGAAGUGGGAGAUGGAACUUCCUGUCAGAGACUGAAACCAACAGUGAUUGAUAUGGCUCUUGAAGGCAAGCAUGUAGUUGCAGUUGCUGCUGGGAGCCAUCAUUCGCUUACUUUGACCGAUGAUGGUGAGAUUUAUGCAUGGGGACAUAACAACUGUGGUCAGGUUGGUUCAGCAUUGAGCUCCAACCAGAGUGCUCCAAGAAAAGUGAACAGUGUAAUUGGUGGGAAGAAAUGCGUAUCCAUUGCUUGUGGCCAGACAUCAUCCAUGGCUGUAACAGAAAAUGGCGAAGUUUAUGCCUGGGGCUAUAAUGGUGUUGGUCAGCUAGGCAUUGGAAAUACCUCAAACCAGCAGACACCAGUGAGAGUGAAAGGUAUUCUUUGCUCUGUUGUGAUCACAAAAGUGGAAUGUGGUUAUUCGCAUACAUUAGCAUUGUCAGAUAUGGGACAACUGUUUGCGUGGGGUAGCAAUGGGUAUGGUCAACUGGGCACUGGAACAAAAUCAAACUGCAAUUCACCAGUACAGAUUGCACAGGAUAUUGGCAGGAUUGUUGAUAUUGCGGCAUCGCACUAUUCACAAAUUUCUGCUGCCAUGACGCAGAAUUCAACUGUGUAUAUGUGGGGUUAUUGUCGAGGACAAAUUAUCACUCUACCAACAAAAACACCAUUUUCUUCCUUGCAUGAAGUUUUUGCCUGUUUCUCAACACCGGCUGUCAUGUGGAAGCCACUGGAAGUGAAACAACAUGAAGGGAAUACAGUGGCAGAAAGUUUAAGAGCUGCCUUUGAUGAUCCAAACACUAGUGACCUGACAAUCAAUGUUCAAGGUAGGCCAAUUUAUGUCCACAAGACAGUGUUGAAGAUUCGGUGCGAACAUUUCAGGGCUAUGUUUGAACACAAUUGGCAGGAAAGUACAAGAAGUGAACUCAAUAUGGAGUACUAUACAUAUCCUGUAUACAGAGCAUUUCUUGAAUACCUUUACACAGAUCAUGUCCUGUUACCACCAGAAAAUGCUUUGGGGUCACUUGGUUAACUUCAUGAGACCCCAUUUACAUACAACACACAGGAUGGUGCUGCAGACCAGUAUAAGAAUUGCAGGAAUGUUGCCAACAGAACAGGCUGAUUUCAAUGUCUCAGCAGAGUAACAUUUAUUUGCCACAUCACAUGCUAAGGACCAUGUGAUGGUAUUGCUGGUAUCAUUAAGAGACUUGCUGCCCAUGCCAGUCUGCAGUGCAUCUGCAACUCUCAUGAUAAUGACACUCACCCAGACAGUUGUUUGAAUGGUGCUUCAAGAACAUUGCAAUGUGUCACUGUCAUUAUACAACUAAUAGUGAGUAUGAUGAAGAAGAAUCUCUCCUUCAAGAGUGGUUAGCAAAAAUUCACACGGUUGCUGGUACUCACAAGUUACAUCGUGUUAUUCCUACUGGCCAUUACAAUAUCCAAACAAAAGUUUUCUGCAGUUCACCAGACAUCAGAAAUGGAUCUCUAACUAGGACCCAACAAGACAGGUAGCUCGGUGAUAUCACAAGGUUUGUUGCAAGCAUGUACAAAGGUCACUGGUGGCUUGUAUGUGUUUUGAAUGUUAAUGGAGAAACCAUGAGGUUUCAAUUAGCUCCGUACAUCCUCGUGGGCCUUCACCUUCAUAUGUUUCAUACCCUGAGAAAAGUGACAUCUUAACUGUAGAUAAAAAGGACAUUCUUACAAAGGUUGAUGUGAGAACAGCAGAAGGGUGAAUGUAUUUC